UUGCCGCCUGCAGUCAUCAUUGAAGAACCCUUUCGGUUCUCAUUCUAGAACCCGGGACCGGGAGCACGCUAAAUUCUUUUAGCAUCGAAUACACGGCUUCCUAUAAGCAAGCUCUCUCUCUCUCUCUCUCUCUCUCUCUCUCUCUCGUAUGAUAGAUUUUAUGCUCAAAAGGGUUUAGUUCAGGGCGUGUUUAGAUUAAUCGUUCUCUGUAAUUUCCGCGAAGUUUGCAACUUUUGUGCCUUCCGCUGAAGCAUGGAUGGCAAAAUGAGAAAAGAGAGUCUAUUCAAUAUGUUGAAUUUCUUCAAUGAACCCAUUAGAGCCCAAUAAAUCCCAAGUUUCAAGAUUUCAUUUACAGUUAGUAUUUGGUGUUUUUGCUCAAUGGGCUUCACAAAUUUAUAUUGCUGCUACAUUGUCAUGCCAUGUAUACCACAGGAUCUCACCCACCAUGAAUUUGGCCGUCAAUCGAUGGAUACCAUUCUUUACACUUGCACCAAUUGUAACAAAAUUGUAGUAUAUUUUGUAGUUACAUUUGGCAUUACUAUGUACUUAUUGUUAAAGAAAAACAUGAUAAUCCUUCUUCCGGGAUCGUCCAAACACAGUUAUAGUUUGGAUUUUGCUGAUUUUGGCUCAUUUCUGUUAAUAUAUAUAUAUUUUUUGGUUUACAGAUUUUCUUAGAUGAUUGUUUGUGCUGUAAGUUAACCCCAUGGGGUAACUUAAUUGGUUAGGGUCACGCCUCAUGAAGCAGAGAACUCGGGAUAAUAUCUGCAAUGGGAUUGCAAAGAUUUGGGCGUCCAAAGGGUGUGGAAGGCAAGUCGAGUCCCAACCUUUUUGUGGCCAACUGUGGGCCGGCGGUGGGGCUUUCUCAUGACACCAUUGCUUCAGUGUUCAGUGCUUUUGGGGAACUGAAAGGAGUCUGCUCUGCCGAUGAGAGCGGUGCCCGUGUCAUUGUUUCUUAUUGUGAUGAGAGUUCCUCCAAAGCUGCCUUGGAAGCAUUAGAUGGACACCCUUGUCCUGACCUUGGAGGCCGUUCUUUGCAUAUUCGGAAUUCAGUACUUCAACCUCCUCUGCAGGGUAAGGUUAAUGACUCGGUUCCAGUGUCUUUGGUGGAUUUGGAUUUGAACAUUCCAGGCCUUUACUUAUUGCAUGACUUUGUCAGCCCCCAAGUAGAGGAGGAAUUGCUUGCAGCAGUUGAUGAUAAGCCUUGGAAAAGUCUUGCCAAAAGAAGGGUUCAGCAUUAUGGCUAUGAAUUUUGCUACGAAACGAGGAAUGUUAAUACAAGACAGCACUUAAGUGAACUUCCGUCAUUCAUUUCUCCCAUUCUUGAAAGGAUCUCAUUGUUUCCAAACCUUGAUAAUCAUGCAAACAUAGUUUUGGACCAACUGACGGUAUGUGGUAAUGUUAUUCUUUAA